CACCUGCCGCUCUCUGUAAUGACUCAGUUCUCUCGGUCAGCUCGCCUCGGCCGUCUGUGCGGCAGCACACCGGCUCACUCUGCUCUGCGGGCUGUCAGUCGGGCUACUAGUUCUACAGCGAGACCGUCGCCUCAGCACUGGUUCACUGGUGCCCAGAGCUCAGCCAGUCCACCGAGAGUUAAGACUAAAAUGACUCAGACAUACAGGAGAGUUUCUAUGCCUGUUGGGUUGGACUGCCUUCCCUCAGCAGGGGUGACUCGGCGAGGCGGUAUCUGCAUCACUCGAUUGGAUUAGUCACAUUUUCGGCUAGCCCGCUACGUAAAGCAUCUCUAUGGUGGCGUCUGUAAGUUAGCGGAGUGAGCACAGCAGCAGCGGGAGCUCCGAGCUCGACUGAGAAUCUCCACAACCUUCUGUCUGCCGAGUUUAACGGUUUGAUUGUGUUCGUGCUGCCGCCGCACCCUGGGUCACAGAACGGGGGCAGCUCUCUCUUUUUUUGUUCUACUUACGGAGUGUUAGCCCUGCGCCAACAUGGCCAGGGGAAACGAAGAGUCCGUGAAUGGAUCUUGGAAAAAGCAAGUCGAUGACAUCAAGAAGAUUUUUGACCUUAAGGAGAUCCUGGGAACGGGAGCAUUCUCAGAAGUGGUUCUCGCUCGAGAGAAGACCACAGGGAAGAUGUAUGCGGUGAAAUGCAUCCCUAAGAAAGCUCUGAGAGGGAAGGAGAGCAGCAUUGAAAAUGAAAUUGCUGUACUCAGGAAGAUCAAGCAUGAGAACAUUGUAGCUCUUGAGGACAUUUAUGAGAGCCCGGACCACCUGUACCUCAUCAUGCAGCUUGUCUCCGGAGGAGAACUGUUUGAUCGGAUUGUGGAGAGAGGCUUUUACACAGAGCAAGAUGCCAGUGAUUUGAUAAAACAGGUUCUGAAUGGAGUCAACUACCUCCAUUCUCUGGGUAUAGUGCACAGAGACCUCAAGCCAGAGAAUUUGUUAUACUUCAACCAAGAUGAGUCCAAAAUCAUGAUUAGCGACUUUGGCCUGUCCAAGAUGGAAGGAGCUGCAAAUGACAUCAUGUCUACAGCCUGUGGAACUCCAGGAUAUGUUGCUCCAGAGGUUCUGGCGCAGAAGCCCUACAGUAAGGCAGUAGACUGUUGGUCUAUUGGUGUUAUUGCUUACAUACUGUUAUGCGGCUAUCCACCUUUUUAUGAUGAGAAUGACUCCAAACUGUUUGAGCAAAUUCUCAAGGCUGACUAUGAGUUUGAUUCACCAUACUGGGAUGAUAUCUCAGACUCAGCCAAAGAUUUCAUCAGUAAUCUGAUGCAGAAGAAUCCAGAGAAGAGGUUCACAUGUGAUGAGGCUCUUCAGCAUCCAUGGAUAGCUGGGGACACUGCCCUUCGUAAGAAUAUCCAUGAGUCUGUCAGCCGGCAGAUGAAGAAGAACUUUGCUAAAGCCAAAUGGAGACAAGCCUUUAACGCUGCAGCGGUGAUCCGACAUAUGAAGCGUCUACAGCUGGGCAGCAGUUUAGGCAGCAGUAUUGACUCGACUCAACACAGAAACCAGAACCAAACCCCCAUGCCUAUCAAGAGCCAGUCUGUCGAUGUGUCCUCCAUCAGCCGUAAUGACUUUGCAUCCCAGAGAGGCUCGAACACGGGAGCAAAGGAGAAGCGAUGUACAAGGCCUUCCACCGUCACCACCAUCAUCACUGGAUCCAAGUGAUGCCACCUUUUUAGAGGACCAUUUGAAGACCACAGCACCUUCUCUCCUCUUCCAUUGGUCAUGUUUUCUCUCCACCCUGAUCAGCCUGUGAUCUUGCAGCUGUCAGUCAGUAGCACAGUCUUCACCCUUCACUGUGCCAGAAGGUGCCAUGUCCUACAUGAGGAGUUCAAACACGUGGUGUGAAGAUAGACUCUUGCUGAUGAAAGCUGCUAUUGACUUAUCUCACACCUGUAUUCUGUUGUGGAGGUGAUUUUGACUGAUGUGACUCGUUCAUGUGAUGCACUAUGGCGUUAAUAUGGAGUUAAUGGACUAUUUAAAGCUGCUUUUAGUCUGAAAUUAUGAAGGAAAAGUACCAUAAAGUACAUAAAUUAUGUAUAUACAUAGAAUUAUUAUAUGGCCUGUUUAUUUCAGCUAGUUCUAGUUUCUUACAUUAUGAUUGAGCAAAAAAACACAGCAGCAUUUUCCACUAAAAACCAAAUGAGAUGUUAGAUGAUCACAUGCAGCAAAGGUUCAGAUUGAGUUUUUUCCAGUACUGGGCCUGCAUGUUAAGGUAAUACAGGUUUGUGAUUGGUCACACCAUCAACUGCAACCCAGUAAUGAAUCAGUAUUAUAAUACACAAGCUGAAAAGAAAAUACUAUUUGUUGAUUUGUUUAAAUGGCGUCAAACUUCAUGUUUACAUGACAGCAGUAAUUCAUUUAUUUAUAAGUGAAACUAUAUGAAUAUCAAACUGUAUAACUAGAGCAUGCAUCCUUCUUAGGUACCAAAGCGUUGUACUGUAAAGACUGUAGAGUGACUGAAGUGAUACUUGCUCUUACAGUGUUGUUUGUGCUAUUAAUUUUGGAAAACGAGGCACUGGACUAUCAUUUAGUUUUUCACCUGUGAACAAGUCACUGAGUAGCAUAGAGCUUAUAGUGUAGUGCUGAAAGAUGCAGUUUGAUUUUGUCCCUGUGCGUGGGUAUUGGUGAUGUGUUUGAUGAUGUAAGAUUCUUGGUAUGAAAUGUUACCUGGAGUGGACCAUUUUAUUUUUUUCAUGUACUUUGGAUUAUUUUUGACUUGCUUUGAAAUAGUUACUAUUGUAUUUUUCCAUGUUACUGAAAUUUAUAAAUGCUCUCAGGAGGACCUUUGAAAAUGGUUGACAGUAAUUCCAUAGAUCCAGCUUUGUAUAAUCAGUUCUUUUAAUGUCAGAUUAAUGGAUUGUAUGGAACCUGUUACCACAAGUACGUAUUCCAUAUGCCACAAGGUGUAUUUUAGACUGCAUCUUGAUGCGUCAUCCUUCACUUAGAGAUGAAGAAAGAGAUGAGCAGAAUUGCCUGAGGAGUAAAAUAAGUGGUACAAACCCAGUUCCAGUCAGGACAGUGUGUGAAAUGCUAAUAAAAACAAAAAGCACUGAGUAGUAAA